GCUUAUCGGAUGUUGUCUGGUUUUUUUGAGCUCAAGAAGUCAAGACUGUCCAUUUAGUUAACAGGUCUAUGCAUGAUACGACGAACUACUAUAAAUAGGGCCCUUUCUACAGUGCCUUAACUUAACUGUUAAACUUUAAAUAUCCCGUCAAUUUGUCAUCGCACAUUUGACCAUUGAUUGAUCUAUUAUCUGUUUCUGAACACAUUUUAUUUUAUUCACCAUUUCAUCAAGCAUAUCUUAACGGUUUUUUUGAUUUUCUCGCUGAACGAUUAUAUAUAAUUAAAUAACAUAACGUACUAUAAAAUAAUGUCAGGCUACGAUUCCCGGAGUGAUGGACCCGGAUUUGUCGGAAUUAGAUUCUGUCAAGAAUGUAACAACAUGUUGUAUCCAAAAGAAGACAAAGAACAUAAAGUACUGUUGUACGCUUGUCGAAAUUGCGAUCACAGACAAAUGGCUGACAGCAAUUGCAUUUAUGUGAACAAAAUUAUGCACGAAAUCAAUGAACUUACUCAUAUUGUUUCCGAUGUAACGUCUGAUCCAACUUUACCCAGGUCUGAAGAUCAUCCCUGUCCAAAAUGUAAACACCGAGAAUCAGUAUUUUUCCAAGCUCAAACUAGACGUGCAGAGGAGGAAAUGAGAUUAUAUUAUGUGUGUACCAAUCCACAUUGCAUACAUCGUUGGACUGAGUCAUCAAUUUAAUUAUUUUAUAAUGGUUUUAUUUAUAUAUGUACUUUAUUAUGAACAAUGGAAAAUAAACUAUUAAUAAAUAAUAUCA